GCGAAUUGAGUAGCUGCCGAGGAAAGAAAGAAAGGCUGUGUUCGCAAUAAUCUGUCGUUUGAGACUUGGUCUGUUAAUGAAAUAGAGUUACAGACGAGAUAAUAAAUUAUUGAUUCCAAGAGCUGUGAAAACCAGUUGACUCCAGUUGACCGAAGAUGGCUGUGAACGUGUACUCCACCUCAGUGACCAGUGAGAACUUAAGUCGUCAUGACAUGCUGGCCUGGAUCAACGAAUCUCUACAGAUCAACCUCACAAAGAUAGAACUUUUGUGUUCAGGUGCUGCUUAUUGCCAGUUCAUGGACAUGCUGUUUCCAAACUCUGUGCCUCUGAAGAAAGUCAAAUUCGGUGCCAAGCUGGAGCAUGAAUUCAUUCACAACUUCAAGCUCCUGCAGGCUGCGUUCAAAAAGAUGGGAGUCGACAAGAUAAUCCCUGUGGACAAGCUAGUGAAGGGGAAGUUCCAAGACAACUUUGAGUUCGUUCAAUGGUUCAAGAAGUUCUUUGAUGCCAACUACGAUGGGAAGGAAUAUGACCCUGUGGAGGCACGACAGGGCCAGGAUGCCAUGCCCACACCCAACCCCACAAUGUCUGCCCUAAACAAGCCCCCCAAGAGGUUCCUCAACCAAGCUCCCCAGAGGGCUGCUGUUGCCAAGGUAGCCCCCAAGAUGGCGUCAGGUGGCACAAGGAGGUCAGGGACGGGAGCAGCAGAUGAGGAAAGAGCAGAGCUCCUGCAUGAGCUAGACAUCCUAAAGUCGACUAUUCAGGACAUGGAGAAGGAGAGGGACUUUUAUUUUGGCAAGCUGCGGAACAUUGAGUUGAUCUGCCAGGAGAAAGAGUGUGAGGGAGACCCCACGCUGCAGAGGAUCAUUGACAUCCUCUACGCCACAGACGAGGGCUUUGUGAUACCAGAUGCUGAGUCAGAAGACCAGGAGGAGUUCUAAUACUCACCGCUGAACCACGACUUGCCCUGAUAUUCUGGUCUGCCAACCCAAUCCUACGUUAAAUGCUCAUUUUACCACGCCGACCCCAAUCUGCUCUGUUGUAAUGCCCUUGCCUCAGAUACCUCCUGAAGCCAAGACAACCAACAUUUUUAGCAAACGACAACCCACAUUCAAACUGUUCCAAAUUUGCGCCCCAUCCCCCUUUACCUUUUUUCAAUCCAUCGCUCAACCGCCAAACUUCUAUCCUCAAGCCCUCGACUACUGUACACCCGAGUCACCUCACCCUCCCCAUCCCCGCACUGCUCAACCAUACAUGCGAUGAAACCCAAACCAACCCUCUGCACAACAAUCACUGAAACCCCGAUAGUGUCACAUGUCGCACAUAUCUGGUUUUUUUAAAUGGACUUAAGUAUAAAAAACAAAAUGAUCUGUUUGUUUUGUGUGUGUGUGUUUUUUUUUUGUUGUUUUUUUUUGUGUAUGUAUGUUUAAGAAGAACCGUGUUUUAAAAGAAAAAAAAAUCAAGCAUGAAGAACCUCCUCUGAAGACCCUUCCAUCUGUUUGUCUGUCUGUUGGUCACUGUCCCUGACUAAGCCCAGACUUUAAUUUGAUGUCACUGAGGCCAAUUUUGUGGUGGCUGAUUUGUGCCUCUCACAUUGACCGUUAGUAGUGAUGCGCGGGUUAGGGUUUUUUAAUACCCGCACCCACUGACCCGUUAUGAAAACCAAUCCGACCUACUAAAAUAUGCAUUAAUUAAUCACACGAACCUGUCCCGAACUGCAAACCUCCAACUUUAGCCUAGGCUACAGCAAAGGGAGCAGUGUUGCACUAUUUCGUUUUUGGGCUGUUUGCCCAACAUAAUACACUGAUUGCAAGAUGUAUCCUAUUGUAUAUUAGCCUAAUAGCAUCUGGGUGUAGGCUACUAAAUAAACAGACAAAUUGUUCCAAGCAAUGUUCUUUGUUGAAUAGCAACAAGACCCAUAACCUUUCAUUAAAGACAUGAACUCUGUCUCUUUCUCUCACUCACACACACACACACACACACACACACACACACACAAACCUCUGACUUCUGACCAAAAGAGUUUUGGCAGUGUAAACAAAAGCUACAGAUAUCUCUUAGGGAAAAAACUUGUAGGUUAAGCCUCAACACCCUGAAACACAUGCGCUGACCAAAACUACAAUCGCAAACUGAUGAAAAAGCUUGCUUGCCUGCGUGCGUGUGUGUGUGCGUGCGUGUGUUUGAGCGAGAGAAUGACAGGAAGAGAAAGUGGACUAGUAGUUCACAGCCUAGCCUAUAGCAUGCAAUGUCUUUGUAAGCUAUUUAUAACUUACUUGGAGCACUGUUUUGUGACUUUUUGACCCCCCCCACCCAAACCCGUGAUAUUUUCAAGUAAGCUUACCCGAAUCUGUCUGACCCGAGGGUUGUGGGUCAUCCCGCGCAUCACUAACUGUUAGGGUUUUAUUCAGUUGGUGGUAGGUGCACCGGAAGAGGUGGGGCAAAAGACAUGCUGGCGCAGUCUCCUGCUCAUAAAUUUUACCUCCAAAUCACCCAAACAGAACAUCUAUUUUAUAACUCUGAUAGCUUGUCCUUUUGUCAGUUAUGUCAACUAUACUUUGCGUUUUUAAAAUGGGGAACAGUUGAUCAUUUUGUAAUAAAAGGAGGCAUUAAAUGAAACGCUAUUAGCACCACUAGCCAGUUAGCUGCACCCUAAGUGGAGAGUACAGAGUUUAAAAUGGGACAAGGCAACAGUGGGAGUCUCCAUUUGGUUGAGUCUAGCUAAAAUUGGCAAUCCACAGCCAAGGAUGUCAACACCUGCCAUUUUGGUUUUGGCAGUUUGGCUUCAGAGGAGCAGAAAGCUGUUUUUGUAAGAUUUUGCUACUGUUAUAUUUCAUUCUCCAUCUUUUUUUUCUUUUUUUUUUGUGCCUCCACUUUGUCUUUUCCCUUUUGUUGUCAGUGUCUGUUCUGGGAAUUUAAGUGUUACUUAGCACCUGUCAUGCACUCAGAAUGCGUUGUGUUUUUUUUUUCCUGUGUAGGUUUUUCUCCUAAAAAUUAUUUGUUUCACAUUUGUUUAACUUAUGUGAAACAAAGUUGCAAACUAAUAAAAAAAAACCCUUUAUUUUCCUUAUGUUGUCAGUAGGGAAAAAGAUUUUUGAUAUCAAUGGUAGUUGUUUUCCUGUCAGAUCAACUGUCAUGUCCUUGCACCCACCUGUUCCAGUCAAGCCUUGGUGUUCACAUUUCAGUUAUAAGGGGCCUUCUCAAAUGUGCAAUUCUUAACUCCAGAACAAGUGGCUUAGUUUUUUUUUUUUGCUGUCCCAAGUGGUAGAUAAAUUAUUGGAACCUUGCAAGCCGUAGCAGUCCUCUAAUCAACAUAUAAAUGUUUUAAUGGGGGGGGGGCAAACAAAUUAGAAGUUACGUUGUAAUGGGUGAUCUGUUUUGUUUUGAUUGUCUUUUUGGAGUGCUUGUUUCGAGACAAACAUACUGCUUUAUUACAAGUUGACCCUCACUUGGCCCCUAGCAAACACUACUAGUAAUUCCUUACAUGGGUGGGAAAUUGGCCCCUUCCCCAAGACAAACAUCUAUGAUAUGACUAGUCUACCAGCCACUGUCCAGACAUUCAUCACACUCGAUGUAUAUUCUGGCUGGUAGAAACCCAAAAGUGGCAGGUGUCCAUCAGUCAUUGUAGCAGUUGGAUGACACUGUCAGAAUUCCUUUAGUUGGGUAAUAUAUAGAUUUUUUACUUUCUUUUUUUUUUUUACUUUGGAGUUAAAUGAGUCAUGGGAUCAAUAGGUUACUGAUUUGCUGCACUAAAGGUAUCUUCCUCUUUGGGAAUGCAGAUUGAAGAAUAGUGUACUCCCCCAUCCCCCAUUUUUCUGUUUCCAAACCCAGAUAAGUGGCCAAUUUGCAUUACUGAUACUUUAUAGUGUGGGUCCUUUUCGAGAAUAAUCCCUGAAGCACACUUAAACGAUAUUCCAUUUUAAACAUUUUUAAUGUAAUUCUCAACAUUAAUUAAUUCAUUAUCUUAACCGCUUAUCUUGCUCUCAGAGUGGCGGGGAAACAUGUUAACUCUCAACAUGGUGGUAGCAAUUCAUACUGCCAAACGUAUGCUGAGACUGACAUAAACUGUCAAAAUUUUUUUUUACCUGUCUGUUUUUUAGAGUGAAUAAUAGAAAGACUAGUAGACAAUAGAACCCCCCCCAAAAAAAUAAAAAUAAAAAUGCAUAAACAAUUAUUUAAAGCUGCCCAUCUCUGUUUUUGGAGAUUUAAUACAUUUAUCAACUGCCUUAUUCAUAAAAACUACAUUUCAUCAAACAAAAAACCUUUUUUUUCAACCAGCGUGACAUUGAUGUAUUGCUCUGUUCUUGGCAAAUGUUUGUACUGUGGUUUAAACUAUUGUAAUUUCAGUCUUUGUUGCAGUUGUGGUUUUUAAUGGGGGCCUGAAUAUAAACACACUUGGGAGGUAUUUUAGGCCGAAGCUUAGCCGUUUCUGGUUGCAAAAGGCUCCAUGUCUUCCAUAAAGUGCUCAGUAUGGUUUUGCACAGGGUAGUUGACUUCAAGUUUCUUAGGUGAAUUUAUUUGUGCAUUUCACUGUUUCCCACUAACUGUUGGCUGAAACUGUUUAAGUCAUCUAUCCUAGACAGAAAUGGUUAGACGAGCAUCUACUGCUCCUGACAAAGCAAUGGAAUACAGAAAUUAAUCACUCACAAAUGUCUGAUGCUGAAGCGUUUUCUGACUCAUGCCUCCUUGAUGGAGAACAUUUUGGUAAUAAAAUGUUGCCUUUAGGGGCUGUUUGAUCAAAAACCUUUUCAAGAAUCACAGUGCUAGCUUCAGUGUAGGGGGUUCAUAUAGCCUUGAACACUGGGCCAUUGUCAAGAGUAAUAAUUGUUCUUUUAGCACAGUUUUCCUCCUCUCCAGUUGCAGUUUUGGUUGACAGCGAAGUAGCUUUUCAGGGGAUCAAUCCAGAUGGGCAAAGCUCCCAGGAACAGGCCUCAAAAGUGAGAACUGAAUCUAAAAUUCAAAUGCUUCCUGACAAACUGUUCCAGUAUAAUCUUGUAAGCACUCUUGUGGUACUGGAAGGCGCUUUGGUUUGAAAUUGUACAAAAAAAUGUCUGAUUAAAGCAACAAACCCAAAGCAACUCCUUGGGUGCCAUUGCUCAGUCGUCCUGUGUAUCACUUCCCAAAGAACAUUUGGCCACAAAACUGUAACAAUGCCCUCCUUUGAAACUACAAACCCUCUAAAUAAAAUAGCAGGCAUAGACUGGUCUUUUUUAGUUUUACCCAUAGACUUGUAGUAGGAUAGGAGAGCUUACUUGACUGUCACUGAAAACUCUGGUUGUCAGAUUCUCACCGUGAUGGGCUUUAGAAUGCUUUUGUUUCAUAUUUGACUGUAGUAGCUGUAUAGCUCAACAUAUGUCUAGUACCAAAACAAAGGGCCGAUGCAAGCCUCAGAUGGACUGGAUGUUGUGCCUCAAAUAUUAUUUUGUAUUUCGUUAACAUUUGCGUUAACAUAAAUCUUCCAAGUCUGUAAGUUGCCCUCUGAAAGACCACAGCUAAAGUAAAAUAAAAGGUGACAAUUAAAUCCACGAUCUGUGAAACUGCCACACCCAAAUCUCUUUGUACGAGGUUAUCUUGUUUUUUUCCGCUCCCAAGAUUAUCGGCAUGCUGGUGUUUUUGAGGCGCAAAUAAUGUGAAGGAGCAAAAACUUCCAACGAAUGAUUAUACCUGAUGUUUCUUGUCAGAGGAAAAGGAUGGUGGCUGGGGUUUUCCUUUGUGUUGUUUUGAAGUUUAUGGUUAUAACGUUUAAUGCUAAUGCUCGAAGACCUUAUUCAAAUGGUAUAUGGGGAACGCUUGCUUUUCAUAGUGCGAGGAGUUCCAGAUGGAUGGGGGUUUGUCAAGUAUGGUGAAAGCCAGAUGGUUAAGUCCAGCACUUGGAGGUCUUUGAACAAGGGUAUGUUUAUUUGAUUGACAACUUAAGGUGGUAUCUAAAUUGUCUUGUUGAAGCCCAGCCCAUCUUGAACUCUGAGGAGAUGAAAGCAAAUGGAAAAGCAAGUGCUAUUUGACCCAAUUCUGUUUCACGUAAUGCCCCUGAGGAGCUGAAAAUAAGGUUGUUGGAGUCCAUGUAGAUGUCAUUAGCAAGAGAAAGACGUUUUAACCUGACUAGAUGCCUUAUGUAAGAAAUACUAUACAAAAUACUUUGCAUGAUGUUUUUGAAGGCUAAGUUUUUGUUUUAUGUUGGAGGGGGAAGACCACAUAAAAACUGGUACAGAAAGUGCCAUGGUUUGUAAGUUGUUUGGGGAAACUUAAUGUUUGGUAGUGUUAAGAUAAUGGUGGGAUUUAAUACCAAGGCAAAUCUUAACACUGAGGAAAGAUGCACACAUUCCAGGAUUUUUGCCACUAUGAAGACUCAAGCAGAAAAACAAAAUUUAAACUCUAGAGGGAUCUCAAAUGCAAAAAGAAAUCGUUGAACAUCUUGCAUGUUUCCAUUUUUUUUCUCUUUUUUUUCUUUCUCUUUUUUCUUUUUUGGAGCGUUAGUAGGUUAGCCUUAUAGAACAAGUGCAUUUGACAUCGUGCAGUGAUAAUGGGAACUACCCCCCCCUUUUAUAGUGGCUUCUUUCACCCAACCCAGUGCCAAUGUACCCUCUGCCAAUCUCAUUUGCUGGUAGUGGUCUCUCAGAAACAAUAACCGGACCAGACUCUAAAAAAAUUAGUUUGUAUUGUUUGAAAUACCUAAUUUCUUGUUUGCACUAGAGUUGGAAGGAUCUUGGAAAUGAACUUAUUUAUUAAGAAAUCGCUGUAUUGAGCAAUUAGCCCACAAGUAAUUGAAAUUUUUUCAAAUAACAAAUGGCUCCAUGUCUGGUUUACUGAUUGUGGCAAAGUUCAUUCAGUUAAGUGUUACCCAGAGGGGCGUCUGUCUUUGCAUAGUGUUCAGCAUUCCACUUUGGCAGAAAAUGUUAGGUUGGCUUCUCUGGGGACCUGUAGAAAUCUCUCUUAUCACUGGGUAUCAAUUGGUGCUAUCAAGUGUAAAAGUCAAGCCUGAAGCUCAACUAUAAAAGCAAAUACAGGCAAUGUUUUAAGUUAUGUCUAGCUUCCUGCUUUCUUCCGAGUUUUGCCAUUGCUAUUAUGUCAGAAUACUAUUAAUUAGAAAAUAAAUCUAGAAAAUGUGUUAGCAAUUGAUCCCCACUCCUGCACUGCUAUGGAAGUGUGCAUUAAAUCUUUUUUGAAAAAGUGAAAUAGGCUAAUGGCUGACGCUCACCCAAUAACCUGAACCUGUCUCUUAACAAUGAGAGCUGGUAUACUUGUGUAGUGGGCUGAGUGUCAUAUCUAGUGUCUCUGUUUCUCCGUUUUAUCUAUACUUCUCUCUUUGUCUGCAGAUUCAGCUGGAUUUUUUUGUAUUUUGGUAUAUUCUUUCAGAAUUAUUUGUUGAAUCAAGUUUCUUACAAACAAUAAAACAGUAUUUCCACACCACCACAAUAUUUACGUUGUGUUCCUGUGUAAAGUGUGAAUCUCAAAAGCUGUGUGUCUGCACCGCUAUCAUAAAAAGAUAUUCGUUGUAUUAGAGGUAGCUGGAUAUUAGUAGUAGAGUGGACAAUGUAAAGAGGGAUUAAAUUAAUAAAUAAUAAAAGGUUUCAAUCAAAAACAUAUAUCAACUGAAAACAAAAGAUCGAUUAAAAUUGAU